UGGAAGACAUUGCACUCGUCUCUCCCUCCCUCCCUCCCUCCCUUCUCGACGAGCUUCGGAGGGGUACACAACUGCAUAGGAGCGUUAGGGUUCGCAAUCUUCUGGAAAAUCGUAGUUUCGGAGUGGCUCGAUUUACUAGACAAGAUACUGCAUUUGCACUGACAAUCAGAAAACCAUUACAGCUAUAAGGUCUGUUACAAGAUUAAGCAGAUGGAAUUUUGCCCAAUUUGUGGGAUCCUGUUGCAAUAUGAGUUACCUAAUUUGAGCAACCCUGCCAGAUUUUUCUGCCCCACUUGUCCAUAUGUAUGUCAUAUAGAGAGAAAGGUAAAGAUAAAGAGAAGGCAACACUUAGUAAAGAAAGAGAUAGAACCCAUCUUCUCCAAAGAUGACCUGAAGAAUGGGCCCACAACUGAAGCAAACUGCCCAAAUUGUGGUCAUGGGAAGGCUGUUUUCCAGCAACUUCAGAUCAGGUCUGCUGAUGAGCCGAUGUCAACAUUUUACUUGUGCCUGAACGAGAAAUGUGGGCACCAGUGGCGUGAAGACUAAGUGUUUUUUGGCUCGUGUAGACUAAAUGUUACCCAGCAUACAUAUUGCUUUUGCUCCAUGCAGUUUGCAUAUGGCCAUCGUUCCUAUCGUGGACCAUUAUUUUCCUAUUAUAUGUUGAGCAAUGUUUGCUUUUAGUUGCUCCAAUUUUGGAUCUCCUAGGAAGAUUUAAAUAGAAGCUUGAUAGGAUAUAGGGAAAGUAAGCAUCUUGUUGCCUGUAUCACUUGGGAGUUGGGAAUAUUGAGAUUACCCUCGCACUUGUUCUUUAAUUUUUUUCGUAUUUUCCUCUCUAUUGAUAGUCUUCUACUGUAAUAGGUUUCACUCUCAGUGACUUUUUUUUUUACUUGUUUUACUUAUCCAAAAUUUGGCCAUUGCAUUGUUUGAA